GUAAGAGCGACUAUGGGCCCAGCCUGUGUGAGUCAAGUCCAAAAAGAUGAAGUGUGUUGCCAAGAGGAAGCAACAUUUGAUCAAUACUAUAGCAGUCAAGGUCGUGAAAGAUAUCAAAGCACUUGAGCCAAUGAAUCAGGGGAGCACCGCACAGUCAUAUGCCAGCGUAGCGACCAUCGCCAGCAUACGAGCCAUGAAUCCCCGUAGUCUCAAGGCGCACGUAGACCGUGCUAUCAAACAAAGAAGUACCGAAAGACAUGGAGGCCCUCCGCCAAUUUGCCGAGGACUAGGAAAACCACAUCGGCAAGAGAGCCGCAGUGCGGAUCCCAACCUACGGAGUGCUGGCGUAUGGCAUGAGGACCAGCUCAAUGAACAUGGAUCGCUUUACGGAAAUGAGAGACGACCUGGCUGACCCGUUCGGCCACCAGGAAGACGGCAACAUCUGCGAUAGUGGCAGAACUUUCGAGGGCAGAAGACGCAAACAAACUCAUUGACGAGGGACUCAUCUGGCAAGGCCAGGUAUUCCAAUGCGAACAAUACAAGGUCCCCUUGUCACCUUUGAAUGCUACAUACCACAGUUCCGUGAUUCUAUACUUGUUGAAGCAUUCGUUCAUGACUUGGCCAACAUGGUUUCGUGAUUUACCAACAUGCAUGACAUCCAUGUUUGGUCAAGACAUUUUCACAACUGCCAAGGACCUUGCCUCAUGGUUAUCUGGGAUCUGUAAGGGGCGCGCAUCCGUCG